UAUGUACUACAUUCUCGGUUAUAGCUGGAGGCUCAGGUCUUCUUAGGCCAGGAAGAGGGCAUUUCUCUAUCCGUUUCUCUUUGUGCCUCGAGAUAAACAUAUAUAAAUCUCCUGUUCUAGUCCUAUGUACGAGAAAUAGAUAUCGCUCAUUCAUUUCGCUCUUCAUUCAACACACAAUAUCAUUUGUCUCACCGCUGCCUUUUGUCAUAGAAGCUGCUGGGUCUUCCACCACGAUAACCACCUCGCACGAACAUGGCAGAUGUUCCAAAUACGUCAACUGCUCUUCCUUUGCAUCUCGAAUCCUCUCAUGUACCUAGUCACAACGUCGCCCAAUUCCCGGGGUGGGGAAACGUUGGUCCUUUGGCAGGAAAUUCCAACAUGAACCCAUUAUCUCUCAAGCCAGAGUGCAUGCCACUCAAUUUCUUCAACUCAUACACCCAAUCGCCGUUUGGCAUCGGCAUCUCAUCGGAUGAGCGGUUUACAAACCCAGGCUCUAGCAGCCAAGGUGAGCCAGAGGUGGGCGUGAAUAUGCACUUGCCGAUAAGCUCACAACUCAACGAGGUUGUUGUUAACCCAAGGAACCAUACCGCCAUUCGCAACCAUUACUUUGUCAAUCUUGGUCUCAGCCAUACGCGAGGGAACGCCGCGUUCCAGGACAAUGCCGCUCUAGAUCAGCACGAGCAUUUAACAAGGAACCCCAUAGUUGCUCCCACCAUUCCGCCGGUCCAGUUCCAAUCUAGAACUGGACAGCAUAACGCCUGCAUAAACGCGAUUCAAAGUGAGAACGACGCGCGACCUAUCCUCCGAUGCAGAUGGGAGGGCUGCACCUCUAGACGACAGUUCAAUCGUGAGGCAGACCUCGUGCGCCACAUUAGAACCCUUCAUAUCGCCCCUCGAUCCUAUAAAUGUAUUAUUGAGAAUUGUUCGAAGACAUACAAUCGGGGGGAUAAUCUGAAAGAGCAUAUACUUAGGGUUCAUCAGGUAUCACAUGAUACUUAGGGCUUUGCGUCACCUCUUACUUGUACGCUUGCCUAUUCGUUGUUUCUCUUGCGCUGAUAUGUGGUUUGCCUAAUUUUCAUUUUCAGGAUGCUUUUUCCAUUGCAGUUAUACAUAUGCCUCGUAGCACUAGCUCAGAAAGUUUCACGUUUUGCCUUCGUUGUAUUAAGCAUGCCGCCGCUGUGUUUUGAGAACAUGUUUAUAUCCCUUUCUGCUUCCCAAAUACCUCCAUUGCCCUGUUUUCCUCGUAUUUUGUCUCCCUACUCUCCUUUAUAAAGCCUAAGGCAUUAUAAGAUAUGAUAGUACACCAUCAAUGAUACAACGUGUCG